AUGGAGUCAGGUAAAUACUGUUUAAAAAAGACUUUAUUCUACACCAAGGGAUCUGAGCAUGCAGGCAUCGGGAGCCGCCUCCUCGCAGGCUGCACCACAGGGGCACUGGCAGUGGGCGUAGCCCAACCCACAGAUGUGGUGAAGGUACGUUUCCAGGCCCAGGCUCGUGCAGGUGGCAGCCGGAGAUACCAGGGUACAAUGGAUGCCUAUAAGACCAUUGCCCGAGAGGAGGGCCUUCGGGGCUUAUGGAAAGGAACUUCACCUAAUGUUGCCCGCAAUGCUAUCGUCAACUGUGCUGAGCUGGUGACCUAUGAUCUCAUCAAAGAUGCCCUCCUGAAGGCCCAUCUCAUGACUGAUGACCUUCCAUGCCACUUCACAUCAGCCUUUGGGGCUGGCUUCUGCACCACCAUCAUUGCUUCCCCCGUGGAUGUGGUCAAGACGAGAUACAUGAACUCUGCCGCGGGCCAGUAUGCCAGUGCUGGCCACUGCGCCCUCACCAUGCUUCGAAAGGAGGGACCCCAAGCCUUCUACAAAGGGUUCAUGCCUUCCUUCCUCCGCUUGGGCUCCUGGAAUGUAGUGAUGUUUGUCACCUACGAGCAACUGAAACGGGCCCUGAUGGCCGCUCGCACUACCUGGGAAGCUCCUUUCUGAGCCCUCUCCUGCUAGCUUUUCUGCUUUGAGUCCAGACCUCAUUCUGCCUCUCCUCCCCUGCCUUAGCAUUGAAGGAACCCCCUCCACCUUGGCCCCAUUUAAACCUUCUCCAGCCUACUUCUGCCAUUACAGCCUCACCCAGUUCUUAAGCUCCUUCUAAUAAAGCCAAACCAGA